CUGAUGCCUGUCAACAAAAACGCUGAUUCAGACUCCAAACUGAAACGUAAAAUGGAAUCCCACUGCCUUUUUCCCCCUAUUUCAAUCCUUGAAUUUGCCUCAGAUUUUGUAAACUCGCUUCAAAUUCAAUUACCAACUCAACAAUGUCUCAGACUGUUGUUCUCAAAGUUGGCAUGUCAUGUGGAGGCUGUGCUGGUGCUGUCAAGAGGGUUCUUAGCAACAUGGAAGGUGUGGAAACUUUUGAUAUCGAUCUCGAGCAAAAAAAGGUAACGGUGAAAGGAAACGUAGAGCCGGAUGCAGUUUUGCAGACUGUUUCCAAGACUGGGAAGAAAACCGAAUUUUGGCCAAAAGAAGCAUCACCAUGUUGUUGUGGACCCAAAAAAACAGUGGAACCUGUGGCUGCACCAUCUAGUGAAGCCGGAGAAGUGGUGGAGACUGUGGUUGCACCAUCUUGUGGAGCCGCAAAACCGGUAGAAUCUGUGGCCGCACCAUCUUGUGGAGCUGCAAAACCGGUAGAGCCUGUAGCUGCACCAUCUUGUGGAGCCACAAAACCAGUUGAUGCACCAUCUUCUGAGGCUGCAAAGCCGGUGGAACCGGUUGCUGCACCAUCUUCUGAAGCUGAAAAGCCUGUUGAAACUGUUGUUGCUUGAUCUUUCAAUUAAGGGUUUUAAAAGGCUGAUAUUAAUAUAUAUAUGUCCGUAGUUGUGAUUUUGUUUGUGUAAGUUUGGAACCUUUGAUUGUAAGAUAUAGCCAUUGGAAUAAAUCUUGGCACUAGAAUAAAUACAAAACGUUUGCAUGAAAAUAUUGAUUCAUAUAUAAUAAUCUAUAUAUAAGAAAUCGAGCCGUA